UUCAAGUCGCACGCUUCUGUUCAAAUCCCGUGGCUUUUAAUGUUGGCUUUGUUUUCGUCUGAAUCACGGAACUGCAAUCAGCCUACAUAAACGUCACUACCCUUACAUCGGCAGGCCAUUGAUAGCCUUAUAUGGUCAUCAUCUCAUUCACGCCUUGUUUUUUUUUCAACCCCCCAAAAUGACAGCCAAAGAGUACAAUUCUAACGUCGAGGCUCUACGACAGAAAGAGUAUCCUCAUAUGAGCGAUGGCGUUUAUCUCGAUCAUGGCGGUGCAACAAUUUAUGCAAGGUCUCUUGUAGAAGGGUUUGCAUCAAAGAUGAUAACAAACUUAUAUGGCAACCCACACUCGGAAAGUUCUCCUGCAAGACUAUCCGGCGACGUUGUUGACCACGUUCGUGAAAAGCUUCUCGGCUUUUUUGGCGCCAGUUCCAAAGAAUUCGACCUCAUAUUUGUUGCAAACGCCACGGCGGCGGUGAAGCUUGUAGCUGACUGCUUCAGAGACCUCGGAGAAAAAACCAAAGAUGGCAAGUUCUGGUAUGGUUACCAUAAGGAUGCUCAUACUAGCAUCGUUGGUGUGAGAGAGCUUACAUACGGGCAAUUUCACUGUUUCGAAAGCGACCAAGAAGUCGAAGAUUGGCUACAAUACCCAGAGAAUGCAUUCACCAACCGUCAGAACCCCAACGGUCUCGGCUUGUUUGCCUAUCCCGGUCAAUCCAACAUGACUGGACGGAGAUUACCGCUAUCGUGGUCAUAUCGAGCACGUCACUCCGAAUCUCUGCAGAGCACAUACACACUACUAGAUGCCGCUGCACUUGCCAUGACGUACCCAAUGGAGAACAUCUUUCAGGAUCCUGACCGAGCCCCCGACUUUACAUGUUUCUCUCUAUACAAGAUAUUCGGGUUUCCCGACGUAGGGGCAUUAGUUGUGCGAAAGGAGUCAGGUCAUAUCCUCGCCCUCCGCAAAUAUUUUGGGGGAGGCACAGUCUCCAUGGUCGCCACCUUCGGCGACACUCCAUGGCAUCGGUCAAAGGGUCUUCAAGCCCCCACGUACAAACUUCACGAAGGUCUCGAAGAUGGAACGUUACCGUUCCACAGCAUACUUGCCCUCGGUGAGGCGGUUGAUGUACAUCUGCAAUUAUACGGAUCAAUGAGAACCAUUUCAGCGCACACAUCUUACCUGACCGACCAGUUACAUCGUGGCAUGGCUGGAUUACGCCAUGCCAAUGGACGCCCUGCGUGUCACGUCUAUUCUGAGAACAGAGAUUUUGGCAACUCGAGCAAGCAAGGCUCUGCCAUCGCCUUCAACAUGAUUUCUUCAGGCGGAGGCUACCUGUCGUACACAGAUGUAGAACGUAUAGCGAACAGCGCCGGUUUCUAUGUUCGAUCUGGAGGCGUCUGCAAUCCUGGCGGCAUCUUUUCCCUCUUGGGCUAUGAGCCGUGGAUGACUGAGCGCGCUCUCUCAGCUGGCCACCAUUGUGGCUCAAACGGGAUAUCCGUCCUCCACGGACUUCCCACAGGUAUUGUCCGCGCCAGCCUCGGGGCAAUGUCCACGAGGCAAGACGUCGACUCAUUCCUCGAUUUCCUGCGUACGACCUUCGUCGACACGGCCGACAAGGAAAGCAGCCCGCUCUCUGCGACCUCAACGCUGCGCUCAUUCCCGUCCGACGCGACUCUGGGACGUCGCGCUACCUUUGAACCUGUAAUCGACAUCGUCCCCGAGACGCGCAAGCUUGAGCGCGAGAAGCCUCGGAUACGCCGCAUACCGAUCCUCUCGCACUUUAGGCGCGUGCCCAGGCCAGGGGUGAGGUCGUCCUCUCUCCCUACGAAAAACAUCACGGGUGGUUUGCCUACUAUUAGGUGACUACGUGGCUAUAUUCCAUCCUAGCUAGCAAAGAGAAUGUUUGCUUUGGAUCACGGUCGUGAUAGAACAAGACAAGGUGUUCUAUAAAUACGCAUCGGCGUGUAUGCAUUUAUGUAUGUAAACUUGUAUGUAUUAUGUUGGGAUAUAGGUGGCUCGUUGUGUGCCUUAAUAAUCAUAAGGUUAGGGA